AGUGGUUCCACAGUCCAGUGGAAUACCGAUCUCAGAGGGGGUUUCCGUUGAGCUGUGUAAAGUGUGCACAUUUUCCUUAGUCGCCUUUAUCGUGUGCGGUGGUGCUCUGUUGGAAAUUGUGUGGCGAAAGCUUGCUUUCUCGAAGUGACCAAACCAACAAAAGAAGACGGAGAAAGUUACUGGACGCACAAACACUGGGAGAGAGUGAAAUUUUUCCUCUCGCGAGCGAUAAACCUCUACGCUUCGUAUAUUAUGGACCUGUCGUAUAUUAUGGAGAGUGAGAGACAUGAGUUUCAAUGGGAUGUGGAGCAGGAGACCCUUCGAAGUGUGUUAAAAGCGGUGGAAGCGUCGCGCCGGGUGAAUGAGUGGCUAAUCGCGCUCGAUUUGAUAGAAUGCUGGAGUUUUUAAAUGGUUUUAUUUAGCUGUGACAUAUUUGUAUGUGUGUUUAAUUAUGCACCACACAGCCGGUCUCAUCUAGGCACCGGACGAGAAACCACAAGCGGAUACAAAUUGGAUCCCGACCAGGGCAAUCGCAUCGCACCACGGGACGCAUCGAACCGUGGGUGACUAGAAAAAGGACCGAAGCCUUACCAAAUUCAUCGCAAUGCCACCGAUUAUAAUGCUCUGCGUGCAGCUGGCAAUAGCAUCCAGCACCAGCUGGAUGGGGGUUUGGGCAACUCCCGAUCGCCAAGCGUCUGCAUCCGUUCAAGAUGUACCUCGGCUGGUUUUUCCCCUCCCACCAUCAGCAGCAGUACCAUCAACGGCCUCCCGUGUCAACGUGGUGUCGAAGCGUCAGGCCACGCUUAUUGAUUCGGAUGACAGUUUCUCCUUCAGACAGCAUCACCAACCUCCAGCGCCGCGACUGCAACCUGAGCUGCUAAUUACCGACGGUUUCUACAAACGGCAUCACGAUUCACCCCAAUUCCGACAGUUACAUCAGCAAGACCAGAGUAGUAACCAUCCGGCGGGCUCACUGAAUUACCAUCGUCACAACCCCCACCCCCACCCGUAUGGCUCCGAUAGUGCGAUGAAGGACCCAAUGGCAGAACUAUUAGAGCAGCAAGAGUACGAUCAACAGCCACAGGAAUUCAAUGCCGCGCUUCACCCGUUUGGAGUCGAAAAUGAAAUUGAUCACAACACUUUUCGUGCGAUAGACAGCGUAGACAGUUCCGAAAAUAACCCCGGAAGAUCUUCGCUCAACAACCUUGGCAAUAAGCCCAAUAUCGUCGAGAGUAUCGAUUUGAUAAGAGCCCGGUUAGAACGUAGCAGAGAGCAGGAAGAAGAGGAGGACAUCGAGAUGAAAUCGAAUCUUCUGGUGAGGUUGUUGGAGCAGAUGCCCGAGGGACCGCUGCCUAUCGUGUACAUCGAGGACGCCAGCGGAAGUGCAAACCCAGCGGCAUCGUCGGUGGGGACUGAUGAUAGUGAUGAUGAUAACGACGAUGCCGAUCAACCGAAUGAGUUUACGUCUAGCGGAAACAAACGAUCCGGGAGGUACUACAGAAGAUACCCAUGGAAGAGGCAGAACGCAAGGAGCAGAACAUACGACGCUGAUGCCCGCUAUCUUUGCGUUCCCAGUCGGGAAGAUGUCUUCAAACUCCUGGUCGGACUCCAUGAAAACCGCAUCGGCAAUCAUCAGAAAACGAUCAACUUCUGCAACCGGAAACGACCCGCUAAGGCCAUAUUUACAAAUAUUCGAUUCUUGGGAUAAACCAUCACUUUACCCCACCAACAACUAACAUUUGUUUGGAAGAGUUAUCAUGCCUAAUAGAUCCGUCUCUACCCAGCGUCUAUCACUUACCCGCAAUUAUCGAUCGCAGUGGAAGAGUGUUGACAUCAGAGAGAAGAUGUUUGAAAGUAUAGGUGUCGAAUAGGUGCCAAUCCCAUUCCAGGAGCAAGAGGCUGAACUACAUUUGGACAACUCAAGAACAAUCUCAGCAUUGCGGUUGAAAAAAAAAACAUUAAAACUACUUUUUCUUCUGAGAAUAAAUAUAUUUAAAAGGGCUCAUUGAAACUUAGAAACACUAGCGAUCCCGUUUUGAACUUGUGAAACCAUAGGUAGCUUAUGAAUACUUGUAAAAACGUACUUAUUAUACAUACAGAAAGCAAAGCAAAACAAUUACAUUGUACUAAAUAAAUAAGAUGUGGUAAAUUAUGUGAGCAAAGAAAGUAAAGCAUUAUUACUAUGUAUAUUGGUCGGAGAACCGUAUCGUUAUUUUCAUUGAUUUUCUGUAAUAAAAUUUUCAAAACGA